AUGGUUGCAUCAAAUCGUAUUCAUCUUCCGAUUUUUACACAUAAUAAUCCAUUAUAUGCAAACAUUAAAGGUAGAGUUUCAAUAUUUGUUCUCAAAAAAAUAAAUAAGCAAUAUCAGAAGGCAGCCCACGCAACUAUACAGGAACCUUUACCACCAUGUAUCAAAUCUUUUUCAAAAACAAUGGGAUAUUCAUUGGUACCACAAGCUGAUGAAAACACCUCUCUUCAUGAAGAUACUCUGCAACCUCUUCUACGAAAUCUACAAAAGAGAUACCAAGAAUGGCCUAAAUUUCAACAAGUAGCAGCACAUGUAAUAUUAGACAACAUGAUUAAUGCCCCAUUGAUGGUUUUGCAAAAUCCCAAAGUCAUUCCUACAAGAGGACGUCCUUCUGGUACUACUAAUAAACGAUCAACUAACUCAACCAAAAGAGAUCCUUCUGGAUUUGAGUUUGUGGUUCAAAA